GCUUCUUGUUUCUUACAAUGAUGAAUUCAUCUAUCUUUUCACAACGGAAAUGGGAUGGGGGCACGAUCCAGUCAUGAUCUAUGGGCUGUGACACAGGUAAAACGGGACUUUAUCCUCAUUCUGUGGCAUUUCCAACGGAUCUAGAUGGUGAUUCGAAAGUUGGUCCCCGAGUUUAUAAGGGGCACAAGAACUGUGACACGGUGAAAGGUGUGAACUUCUUCGGGCCUAAAUGUGACUAUAUUGUUAGUGGGUCAGAUUGUGGCCGGAUUUUCAUUUGGAAGAAGAGUGGGGAGCUCAUUCGUGUCGUGGAAGCAGAUAAUCAUGUCGUGAACUCUAUCGAGUCUCAUCCUCAUACAACUGUACUUGCAAGCAGCGGAAUUGAGCAUGCUAUAAAAGUAUGGACACCAAAAUGCAUUGAUAGGGCUACUCUGCCUGCAAAUAUUGGAGAGACACUGGCACCCAUAAUUGGAAAGGAAACCUUGGUGCAUUCAGAUGACAUAUGUCUGAAAGACUGA